UCUUCCCGCCGUGCCAGUGCAGUUGGGAGGAUUAUUUAACCCCCAGUCUUUUGUUGAGGAUCAGUGAAAACGUUUUGCGUGCCGCACAUCGUUCUGCUGUGCACAUUGACCUAUCCAAGUAUUUUAUAGGUCAAUGACUGUGCUACAUAAUCGCCCUGCGCCGGUACGACCGUAUCAGAUCUACCAACCUACAUACCAGCCCCUACGGCAUACCAUAGCCGCGCUUCCCGUCGUUGCGUCCCUAAUAGGAAGAUAGGUUUAUUAUCUUGCUAAUGAGCCGCUCCGUAUUGUCAGCAUGACGAUAUCGGUUGUGCGUUUAUUUACCGCAAGCAAUUCCAGCAGAGGCCAACACCAGAGCUGCCCACAUGAUGCACAGGUUUUAAGUGCCAAUGGUAUGAGCAAUAAAGAGGCUUUGUCGUCUAGACAUGUUUAUAUUUUGGUGUCUCUGGCUGGUUCUGUGGUUGAAUGUGGUUUUUGUUUUUUUGUGGUAUGUCGGGUCAUGUUAGUGUUUUUUGGUGUUUACUGAACCCUUGGGUGUUUACCGGACACUGGUGGUGCCACAUGUGCCGGAUGGGCUGUGGUGGUGUAAUCAUAUUCAACAUCAUUGCGAAUGAACCGUCGUAAUAUGUGUGUCUGAAUGACAUUGAGCAUUUUGUUGGCAUUGUGAAGAGCUCCUCGUGCAAGGAAUCGACUGAUAUACCAUCAGGCUGCCAGGGCUCUGGCAAUCCUGGAACCUGGCUGUGGCCCGUGAAAAGAUUCACGCUCGUGUGCUUUGGUACCUUCCUGCAUUUUAGUCAUUAUACAUUAAGAAGUUUGCGUUGUGUUUGAGGGAUGUAUUUGAACAAUCCAUCUGCAAGUGAUGAGGCUUUGAGCGAGUUGGCCCGCUUCCUGAAGGUUGAGGCCAGACAAGAUGUGAAGGCUGCUGCUCUGCAGCAUGUUCUUGGUCUGACCGGCUCGGACGCCGGCUGCCGGCAGCUGAUGGCCGCGCCCGAACUGCUGUCGCGCCUGAAGCAGCUGAUGGCCGACGAGGCGUCGGCGGCGGCCGGCCGGGACGCGAGUCUGGCGCUGCUCAGCCUGUCGGGCCGGGCGGCGGCCGCGCAGCCUCUGCUGGCGGCGCCCGGGCCCGACACGGCCGCGCUGCUGCUGCGGCUGGCGGCGCGGCCCGACAGCGCACUGGCCGACCCCUGCUGCAUGACGCUGUCGAACCUUAGCCGCGCGCCGGCGCCGUGCCGCGAGCUGUGGCGCCGCCUGGAGGAGGGCCCUGUCACCGUGGACGACCUGGUGACGGCCCUCUGCCAGCGCGACUACAACACGGCCGGGUGUCACCUGAACUACCUGGGGCCGCUGCUGUCCAACCUCACCCAGCUGCCCGAGGCCCGCCGGUACAUGCUGAGCAGGGAUCGAGUGCUGUUUCAGCGCCUGUUGCCCUUCACAGAGUACAAGGAGUCACUGGUACGGCGAGGAGGCGUCGUCGGCGCCAUCAAGAACUGCUGCUUCGAAACAGAGAGCCACCUGUGGCUGCUGGGUGACGAGGUGGACCUGCUGCCGCGGCUGCUGCUGCCGCUGACCGGCCCGGAGCCGUACGACGACGAGGACAUGGAACAGCUGCCCGUCGACUUGCAGUACAUGGACGAGAGCAAGACGCGGGAGCCCGACGUCGACAUACGCCGCAUCCUCCUCGAGGCCAUGACACAGCUGUGCGCGACGACAGACUCGCGCGAGCUGGUCAGGGGCAAGGGUGCCUACCUGAUCCUGCGCGAGUACCACAAGUGGGAGACAGACGAGGAGGCGUUGCGGCUCUGUGAGGAGUUGGUCAACAUCCUCAUCAAGACGGAGCCCGAGAUCGGCGUGGACAACCUCAAGGCGGUGGACAUCCCCAGCGACGUGGCCGCCCGGCUGGACCAGGUCACGUGACCACACAGGCCGCACGGACGCCUUCUUUUCAAUAUAUUUACAACAACUUGGA